AUUAGGCCAGAUCUAGCUGGUAGUAGUUGCGAUGGAGGGCGGUUCGACCAUGUUGUUUAACGAGGAAGAGGUGAAAGAGAUGAGUGGGUUCAAGUAUGGCGCAGGUAAUGACCACGUGGAGGUCACGUGCGGGUGCACCAGCUAUUGUUAUGGUGACGCUGUUGGGACUCUUAGGGUGUUUGCUAAUGGUGAUCUUGAAAUCACCUGCGAUUGUACCCCUGGUUGCCCAGAAGACAAAUUGAGCCCAUCUGCAUUUGAGAAGCAUGCGGGUCGAGAAACUGCGAGAAAAUGGAAGAACAACAUUUGGGUGAUGGUUGAUGGAGAAAAGGUUCCUAUAUGUAAAACUGCAUUGCUCAAGUAUUACAACCGAACUUUGACCAAAACCCCAAACAAAUCCCAAACUGGCCGAGUUUGUCACCGAGACGAGUUUCUUAGCUGCACCAAAUGCAACAAACUCCGCAGGUUUCGUCUACGCACAAGAGAGGAAUGCCGGGGUUAUCAUGAUGCGUGUAUCGAUGACAACUGGAACUGCUCCGAUAUGCCUUUUGACAAACUAACAUGUGAUGAUGAUGAGGAACGAGGAAGCCGAAGGGUAUACAGAGGCUGUGUACGUUCAGCUACAUGCAAAGGUUGUACAUCCUGCGUUUGUUUUGGUUGCGGCACCUGUCGUUUUACUGACUGCAACUGCCAAACAUGCAUUGACUUCACCAGGAACGCUAAAGCAGCUUGACUCAUUCAACUCGUUCUUUUUAAUUAGCACCCGUUGCUUCGAUCUUUAUAAGUUAUAACCUCAUCAAUCGACUAGCUCACUUUUGGAUUUCUGA